UCUCCAUGGUGCUGAAGUCUUUCUACUACUUGGCCACAAGACUUUCUCAGUCCCUAAAUUUGUUUUUCAUCUUAACACAGAUUAAAGUUUAUGGCCUUUAUCUUGGAAAGCUAGCCUUAUAUUCAUCUGUACAAAUAGUCUAUGUUUCUCAGUUUUCAGUCUUACAAUUUAAAGCAGGAAUUUGAAGUUUCCGUUUUUAAAAAACAAACAAAAAAAAUGCGCCAAGAAUUCUUUCCUUAGCCUCCUGCUACCUUAGGAGUGGAGAUGGGAGGAGGGGUUUGUCCUUGGCUAGAAAAAUCGCUGGAGGUAUGGCUCUUCCCGCCAGCUCUGCCGCUUUGAUUCUUUGAACUACAUUUCCCAUCAAGACCUAAGAGCACCACGUGACUUAAGCCUAGAAAUCACUUCCUGUAGAUGAGACUGCUUCCUGGGGUGUUGUGCUGCCCAAAGGGCUGCAGAUUCAUUAGUCUUCGCCUCAAGUCCCAGAGCUCCAUCUCGUUUUCUAUAGCGGACCCCGAUUCACUUAUAACAGAUUCAUCUGUAACCAGUACUUCACCAUCUGGCUUCCUACGAAGCACCUUCCUCUUCAUUACUGGCUUUCGGGCUAUUUGGGAGGUGUCUGAACCAGUCUCUGAGAGAGAAACUACUUUUUUUACACUUGAGGCAUCCAUGAUGGAAGGAAACAUAGAGACAAAUCAGACUGAGACACUCCUGAAGAGAAUACAAGAAUUGGAGAGAGAGGUACAGAGGCUCCAACAGGAACAGGCUAACAAGAGGAGCCCAAACAUUAAAGGAGACAGUUCCACUGAAGUUGGGAAACCAAAGAAACGGCAACAGCGUGCUUUUGACUUCAGUGCAUAUGGCCAAAGACAUGUAGCUUUAAAGAUAGCUUAUUUGGGUUGGGGAUACCAGGGUUUUGCCAGUCAAGAAAACACAAACAAUACCAUUGAAGAAAAACUAUUUGAGGCAUUAACCAAGACUCGGUUAGUAGAAAGCAGACAGACAUCUAACUAUCAUCGAUGUGGACGAACAGACAAAGGAGUUAGUGCCUUUGGUCAGGUGAUUUCUCUUAACCUUCGCUCCCAACUUCCAAGGGACAAGGACCCAGAAGAUAAAAAUUUGAAAGAUACAGUUAACGACUCUGUUGAAGAGAUUUGCUAUACCCAUAUUCUCAAUCGAGUGCUCCCUCCAGACAUUCGAGUGCUGGCUUGGGCUACUGUAGAAUCCAGCUUUAGUGCUCGGUUUAGCUGCCUUGAACGGACUUAUCGCUACUUUUUCCCCUGUGCUAAUCUAGAUAUUGAAGCCAUGAAUGAUGCAGCCCAGAAAUAUGUUGGUACUCAUGAUUUCAGGAACUUGUGUAAAAUGGAUGUGGCCAAUGGUGUGAUAAAUUUCCAGAGGACUAUCCUGUCUGCUAAAGUACAGCUUGUGGCCUUUGGCAGCCCAGAAGAGAAACUUCAGCAGCAGGAAUCAUUCCAGUUGUGUCAAUUUGAAGUAAUUGGGCAGGCAUUUCUUUACCAUCAAGUACGCUGUAUGAUGGCCAUUCUCUUUCUGAUUGGCCAGAGAAUGGAGAAAGCAGAAAUCAUUGAUGAAUUGCUGAAUAUAGAAAAAAAUCCCCAGAAACCACAGUACAGCAUGGCAGUGGAAUUUCCUUUAGUUCUAUAUGAUUGUAAAUUUGAGAACAUCAAAUGGAUCUAUGACCGGGAGGUUCAGGAGUUCAAUGUAACACACUUGCAGCAACUGUGGGCUAGUUAUGCAGUUAAAACUCACAUGUUAUACAGCAUGCUACAGGGACUGGACUCUGUGGCUAUAUAUCCUGGGUCAGGAUCAAAAAGAAAUGAAGUGAUCCAGUGGAAAGAUGUCAAACCUUGCAUCCAGAAGCAGAUUAGUGCCUUUGUAGAGGGAGUGAAAACACGAACCUAUAAGCCAUUACUGGAUCGUCCUAGAUGUGAAGGCUUAGAGUCCCGGAUCCAGCACUUUGUUAGAAGGGGAAGAAUUAAGCAGCCACAGGUAUGCAACGAGGAGGAAAGAAAAAACAAAAGGGACCAUGGUGAUGCUGUGGAGGAGGAAAGCAACACCUCAGAAAAAUUGACAAAGAAGAUCUGUGUUAAUAGGAAUUAAAAGUACCACCUGAUCUUAGGAAAAGGCAAUGGAAUAUGGAGGAGCAAGUCAGUUUAGAGCAAAGAAAGUCCAAAAUCAUUGCUUAAUGAGCUACAGAGCAUAAAUUCCUUUUUAAAGUAAGAGUUUGUCAAAUAAUUUUCCUGCAGGUUUUUCAACCCAAUAUAAUUUUAAACUGCAGUCACCCGUGUUCCACAUAUGAGUGCAUGGUUGAAGAAAGUACAACUUGGACAAAUAGGAACUGGGUUGAGACAACAAUAUAAAUAUAAUAUUUGCCACAGCUGGAGACUUGUGCCUUUGUUUUCAAAUUCAUUAAAGAAACAAUUUGGGGGAGGGGGCACCUGUUCUAAAUUUAUCCUAUUGUCUGUUUUUUGUUAAUUAUUUGGGCUUUAUAAGAGUUUCUCUUGAAUGGAAUGAAGAGAGAACAAAGGGUUAAAAAGACUGGUAGGAACCAGAUUGUGGAAAUUAUUAAAUGCCAGGUGAUGGCAUUUAAUGCAUUUUAAAGGUAAUUUAAGGACAUGGUAAUUCUGGAGCUGUAAUCAUUACUAUUAUGUAGAAAAUGGAUUGGAGAGAGGCCAGACUGGAAGGACAUAGAUUAAGAAGCUUAAUAUUUAUUGUAAGAGGUCUUAAGGGUCUGAAUUAGGUUGGGAACUUUGUUAAGUGGAGAGAAAGAGAUGGAUGGUGGAGGAUUUGGCAACUUAUUGAAUAUAGAAGGGUGUUGAGAAAGAAGAUUGAUUCAGAUCAUGAACCUAGGUGAGAAAAAGCUUGAAGGAGGUGAAUUUCAUUGGGAAUAGAGAUGAGGACCAAAACAAUCUAGCCUAGCCUCUUUUUGUUCAAUUCUAGGCUCAAUUUAUUGUCUAGUUACAAUGUCUUUUCUAAAAGACACAAGCAAUAUCCUCUAUAGGGUUUCCAUAUAAGGACUUAUUUAGAUUUUCUUCAUGCACUGGACUUACUUGUGUGAAUUGUUAGGUAAAACACUUUUUAGAAGUAAACUUACUGCAUUAACAUCUCUGAUCCUAUUUAAAUCAUGGUAUUGGUGUGUCUGGGGCCCUAGGUUAUUCUUCUUUGCUCAGGUUCAUUGCUUGGGCUCAGUCUUACUCCCCUUAACUUGUGUUCUUAUUAUACUGGGGUACUUCAGUGUGCAUAUUGAUGCUUCCUCAAACUCCUUACAAUGUCCACUCCUCAGCUCCACAUAGGGAUGGUCAUACAAAGUUUUCUUAAUUAAAAUCUGAUACUUUUCUAUCUGACCAUUCUUUCCCAUCUCUCAGCCCUCCUAAAUCUAUUCAUUGUGACUUUUUUUUAAAACCUUACCUUCCAUCUUGGAAUCAAUACUGUGUAUUGGUUCCAAGGCAGAAGAGUAGUAAGGGCUAGACAAUGGGAGUUAAGUGACUUGCCCAGUGCCACAUAGCUAGGAAGUGUCUUGAGGCCAGAUUUGAAUCUAGGACCUCUUCUCUGGGCCUGGCUCUCAAUCCACUGAGUUACCUAGCUGCCUCCCAUUGUGACUUUUAAUCCCUCCACCCCUCAGUACUUUUUCUCAAGACAUUAUCCUGACUUUGAUUGCCCUUCCCAAUUAUGACUCUAACUACAUAACUACAACAUCACACUGCCACCAGCCAUUAAAUAACUUGCUGUUUUAUCACUGCUAUUCCUUUACCAAAUUCCAGCCCUGGAUUACUCCCACCAUAUCUUUUCUCUGUUCCUACUCGUGUGCUACCACAUACACUUGGAAGUCAGCAGAUUGGGAACACUCUUAACUAAAUGUUAUAAAAAUUUAAUUAGGCCAUCACAAUUCUUUUAUUCUUCCCUAAUUGAUUUCUUAUUUCAUUCUCCACAGUAACUGAUCCAUCUUAAACCUCCCAUAACCUCUCUCUAGCCCAACUUUCAGCUGAGGACCUAGUCUCUUUCCUGAGAAAAUAGGCUAUAUAAUGUGAAUUCUUACUUCUUUUCAUCUCAAAACUUAUUACUCUCCCUCCCCCCAGCUGAUGAAGAGGUAUACCUUUUCCUUGUCCCUGAUCUCAGCCAUUAAUAUCUGCUCCAGUAGAUUGCUACUUCAAUCAUUCUCAACUGUCACUUUUUCAACCUACUGCUUCUUUUCUUGCUGUUUUUCAAAACUGCUCAAGAAUCCCCUGUUCUAAAAACUGCUGAUCACUUACUCUUUUCAGGGUUUUUGUGAUGUUGUCCAACUUUUCCUUUUAAUCUUUUUUGUUAGCUUAUCAUCUAUAUCAUAUUAUUAACUCCAGGUAUAUCCCAAGAAUUUGCCAAAACUUUUUACCUCUUAUAGGUGACUUAUAAAUGUUUAGAUUAAACUCCAGUCUCCUAAACUUCAUCAUCAAGUGCCUUUUGGACAAGAGAAUUGGAUACCUAACAGAAAUCUCAAAGUCAGUAUGUCCAGAAAUGAUCCUAUUUUUCCUGUCAAAUUAAUAUUUUUUCUAAAGGUUCUAAUUUUGGCUGAAAAAACAAAAAAAGCCCAUUAUUUCUGAAUAUAUUUGCUUCACAUUAUACAGGUCUCCCUCCCCCCAGAACCUUUCAGCUUCCCCCAAAAGUCAAAAUGGACACACAGCAAGUACAUGAAAUCAAGCAAGACAUUUAUAAAAGCUCAGAUUAGUGUUCCUUUCAAGCCAGUAGGGGUGGCAGAGUCCAGCACGAAAUCCUUUGAAUGAGCCCCAACCCUGAAAGGCUUCAGGAAGAUAAUCAAGCCCCCUACUUUAGUCUUACUCGUGAGAAGAAUGACAGUUAACCUUCUGGGGAAGAAAGAUAUGGCUCAAUUCCUUUACCUUAACUGCACAUAUCCAAAUCUAGGCUGAAUUGUGCCAUUUUUCUUCCCAUUUUCUCUCCAUUCACGCCUUAUCAUUUAUUGCCCAGAUUGCUCCAUAUUGUUAAUUUCCUUGUUCUACCUACCUCGAGUUUCUCCCCUAAUCCAGAUAGAUACCAAAGCAAUUUCCUUAAACAUAGAUCAAAUUCUCAAUCCUAUAUUCAAUAAACUUCAAUGAUUCCUUAUUGCUGCUAAGAUCAACUUCUCUGGUUAGCUUUUUAAGCUCUUUAUAGAAUGGCUUCAACAACCUUUUCUGCCUCACUGAAUAUUACUCUUCCUCUCUUGCACUCUAAUCUCAGUCAAAUUGGCUUUCUAACGUUUUUUAUACAUCUUCUGUUUCUAUGCCUUGAACUGGCUGUCCUCACCUUUUUUCCCUUUUUUUUUUCCUCCCAAGAUACAAUUUGAGCAACACAUCAAUAUAGUUUUUCCUAAUCUUCACAACUGUUAUAGUGCUUUCCCUCACUGCCAAAUGUUAAUACUCUUUAUUAUACUUGUUAUGUAUACACUUAUACAUUUCUUCCCCGUUGGAACCCAAGUUUCUUGGGAGUAGGAAUUGUCUGUUUCUUUGUGUUUGUAUCCGUAGGGAAGCAGAGUAGGAGUUUAAAAAAUACUUGUGGAUGGAUUGAUUACUUGGUCAUGGAUCUUGUCUAAAGGCUCAGAUGCAUCCAACAAACAUUUAUUGAGUGCCAACUAUAUGCUCACCUCUGUGUGAAGUACUGGGGAUAGAAAUACAAAAAAGGGAACAAAUCCUUUCUUCAAUGAGUUUAUAAUCUAAUGGGGGGAAGAUAGUCAGUACUGUCAUCCCUAAAGAGAAGCAUCUGGAGGAACUCACCAUCCACAAGCAAGAGUUAACCUUUUUUUGUAUCAUGAAUUCUCUUAGGAGUCUGGUAAAACCUAUGGAUUUCUACUUUUUAAAAAUAUUUUUUAAUAAACCCCUACUUUCUUAGACUAAGUACUAAGUAUGGAUUUGGGGUGAAUGGUAAGGGAUAUGCAAAUUGGGUUGUGACACAGGUAGGAAGUGUCUGAAGCCAUAUUUGAUCUAGGUCUGGCUCUCUAAUCCACUGAGCCACCUAGCUGCCCCUUGACCCCUUCUUGGAGUAAUGUCCAUUUAUAUAGUAAUGCUAAAAACAACGCCAUUUAUAUAGUACUUGAAGGUUUGUCAAGUGCUUUACAAAUACUUUAUUCUGAUGGAAGGAAAUUACCAAAUUUCAGUUAGAAGUUUUAAAAAUGAGGGUUAGCUAGGUGUCUCAGUGGUGAAGAGUUAGACCUAGACAUGAGAGGUCCUGAAUUCAAAUAUGACCUCAGACUCUUCAGCUGUGUGCUCUUGGGCAAAUUGCUUAACCCCAAUUGCCUAGCCAAUACCACUCUUCUGCCUUGAAAUCAAUACCAUUGAUUCUAAGACAGAAGGUCUUAAAGGGUUAAAUAAAAAAAUGUAAUUCCUCUAUUCUCCCCCAUCUCAAAACUUUUCCCCCCUUUUCCUCAUGGCAUAGUAUUUUCUUUACUCAGAAAUUGGGGCAUUCUCACUACAGGAAGGUUAGCAUAUUCAUGAAUACAAGGGCAAUUGCAAAUGUUAAGUUCCAUUUAAGGGCAUUCUAAAUAAGGAUAUACCUAGCACCUGUAGCACAAAUCCUUUGAAAACCGUUUCUCUAUUGGAAUCUCCAAAGGAAUGGAUUUGAACCCUAACAAUGAGUACAUCUGUCUAUUUUAAUGUUUCUCCUAAUAUUAAUUCAAAAGGUCAAGCUCUCUGUUCUAUCUUUUAGGGAAUCAUAUUUUGAUAUGCACAGGAGACAUCUCAUUAGAGAGGAACUUUUAAGGUGUGUUCCAGUUAACCAAAUUUUAAAAAAUCAAAAUUAGAAACAACAACCACAGUGGGAUCUUGCAUUCUUCACAUUUUUCUGUCAAUUGUAUGAUUGCUAGGUUUUCUUUGGGAAACUGCAAAGUUCUUUUAAUGACCUUAAAAUGUUCCCUAAAUAAAGUAUAAUAUUUUUAAUACCAA